GCCUCUGCUCCAAUCAGAACUCGAAAGCCUCCAUGUGCUGGAGCUCAGUUCGAGUCCUUAAAUAGCUCUUUAAUAAGGAAACAGCUGUUAAGGUCCAUGGAUCAGAGAUGCUGCCAUAAGCUCACCUGCCAGACCCCUUUCUCUCCUCCUGCUGUCACAACAGUGGUGCACUUCACCAGAGUCACUUGGUCCCUAUUGUUUUCAUCUGGGAGUUGUAUGCUCAAUAUCUCUGGCCAGCACACCAACAGCACAGAGCAUGGAGAUUCUGGGAAGGUGUGAGUCCUUUUCCCUCUGGAUAACUGUGCUGUCCUUUGGAAGGGUUCUCUCCAUGGAUUUCUCUUACCUGGGAUCCUCCCUGAGCCUGCAGUCCUCUUGCCAGGAGAACACAACACAGGUACUUUUAUAUUACCAAGGGAUUGCUUCUCCUUGUUCCAGUACCGAAGAUGGGAUUUGCAGGGCUGUGAAUUGCACUUCCAGGGUCCCCUCCACAGGUUUACAGAACUCCACAGCCCUGUGCCAGCUAGAGGGAGAGGCGGCCAUCUUCCCAGCUUCCCCUGGAUCCUUCCCCAUGAGGCUCUCCAGCUGCUGCUGGUCCCAGGCUGUGCUCGCUCCCAGUCAGGAUAACAACUCCAGUGUCCAGUUUGAGAUGGUGAUGACUUAUACCCUGGGUACCCGCUCUGAUACAGGAUCGACAAACACCUCUCCGCAGACUCCGCUUCUGCCUCCUCUCAGAGUUCCCCAAAACUGUGCUACAGUGUAUAAUCUGAGUGUCUCAGACCAAGAUGGGGAUGUAGUGAGGUGCCGAUAUGGGCGUCGAGAGGAGCUUGCCUGUGCUUUCUGCAAGAAGUACCCUUUUCUGCAUUUGGAUGAGGAAGGAUGCACCCUUACGUAUGAUGGAAUGGGCUCCGAAGGCACCCACCCAGUGGAGCUGAUGGCGGAGGAUUUCCCCAGGAAAAUGGUGGUCCUGAAGUUUGAGGAUGGAAUGCAUGAGAUUCAUCCAUACAAUGCUUCAGAAGGGGGUGGGAACGAAGCCCUAAGUUCUGUUCCACUUCAGUUCAUCUUAACAGUGGAGAAGCCAGUAGAGGAUUGUGCCUUUGGAAUUAGAAGGCCAAUAUUUAUCAGCCCAACCCCAGGUGAUGGGGACAGGAUCAGUGUGCUGCCCUACGAGGACGUUUCCUUCACAGUGAUGGCUGUCAGCACAAGAGAAAGGAUGGCGGACUUGCAGGUUCUGGGUCCUUACGGGCUACGCACAUUGGGUCCGUGGAUGGCAGAUGAUCUCUGCACUGUCUCUGUGAAUAUCACCUGGGAGAGCAGGAACCCUGCAAGAUCGCACCAGGUUCCUGUAUGUUUUGUGGCCAGCACAUUGUCCGGGUUACAGUCUGAGCUCAGAUGCAUUUGGAUUGUGCAGAAAGCUGCUGAUUACCCACAGGGCACAGGGGUGUUUGUAACUUGCGACGUGAAGCUAUGCCGCAGCUUGAACAGGUCCAGGCUAUGCCCUUCAGGGUGCAGGUCCUUCAAAAGCAACGAUUCGCCAUGGAAGAUACUAGAAACAAAGAUCCAUCGGAUCACCGCUGGGCCAAUCCAGAUCACCAAGGGCCCUUCCAAUGGUACCAACUACGCUGCCUUAGUGGUUGGGAUAGUGCUGGGCUGCACAGUGGUGUGUAUCGUCUUUCUGCUGUUGAAGAAGUCCUUUGUGGGGGUGCCAUACAGGAAUGUAUCCCUAAGAAUAUGAAACUAUCACGGCAAAGGGCAUUUUGAGAGGAAUUCUAAAGCCAUUUGAUAAUUAACCCCAUACCAGAUCCAAAGCAGCAAUUAAAUGACUAUGGAAGAGUUCAAUUUUCUUCAUUCCACAAAGGGCCAGUUACAGUGUUAGCAGAUGUCUCAACUACCAUUGCAGUGGAAUCAUAAAAGUUUCUUUGUUCAGGUGAGGCACUGCCUUGGGCAAAGGAAGUGUCUGUUACAUUUGCAGAGCUGCUACACUGUCUGCAGCUGUGUUUUAAUAUGCCAAUAAGCCAAAAGAAAACUGGAUUUUAAGAGGAAUUACAAGUCUAAUUUUAAACUGAGAAAAAGAUGGAAAUACACACUGAAGGUUUUUAUUCAGUAUCCACCUCUCAAUUUGGUGAAGUCCAAGUGUGAGAACAAGACCCACACUAAGAAAUAAUAAAAAAACAGCAGAUAUGUUCAGACAAUGCAAGAGCCUUUUCUUUAGAGUGACACUGGCACUGUUUUUUGACAUUUUUACAAUAUUAAAAGUACACUUGCUAUUUGUGAGGCAUAGGGACAAAUUUAAGUCUCUACUGAUGGAAACUUGACACACAUAAUAAAGGUUGCUGCUUGGAUGCAAGAGCUGAGAUGCCUACUAUGCAUACUUCUCAACCUGCCAAGACCCAAACACAGAACAAUACUCUGCAUAACAACGUGUGGCAGAUUCAAAAAGGGACAAAAAUUAUUCAGGCAGGAAACUUCAAAUGCCAUGGGAUUUUUUUUUUUUUUAGCGACACUCUUUCCACAACCGCAGUUUCAUGAUUAUUUAUGUCUGAUGUAAAUACACUUUCAACAAUAAAAUAAGGGGGAUGCCAAAUUUGUGUGGAACAUGUUUAACUUUGGGACUAAAUGAGGGACAGCUGAGAGAUGCUCUAACAGCUGGGCACAUAAUGACUUAAGCUUUCAUUUCUUUCUCUGUGCCUGUACUUCAACUUUGUUUGCAUUUAACUAAUUUCAAAAUGAAUGGGAAUGUUAAACACGACAGUAGUUUUGGUGCCAAGAACAUACCAUAUAUGCAUCUGAGAAGCAAAUUCAAGAGACAUAUUGCUGUUUUCAAAACAUUUUCCAAUAGUUCUUCAAUUAUGAAAACUGUAACUUUGAGACUAUCAGCCCCUCCAGGGGCGAGGGGACCGGAGUGUGUGUCAGGAGACAGAAGCUGAUUAAAAGUGACAUCAGCUCUCUGUGCUCUGGUAUGUGUGAGGGAGAGGAGGGGAUAAAUGGCACUAACUUUUGUAACAAUG